AGUGACGCCGGGAACCGGAGCCUAUAUUAGUUCUCAGCUCAGAAAUAUUAACUCAGUAAAGGCAGCUCCAUAUAUUGAUAAAGGGGGAUUUCUUUGCGGAAUUUUUAAAAAAAAGUUAACAACGAAGAUGUCAAAUUUCAGUCUUGCAUUUCUUCUGACCACGGUAUUUCCCACCGUCCUGCUGGCUGUCAGUCCAACAGAGCGGCCCAAUGAACUGGAAGCGUCUGGCAGCUAUUCUGAAAAUGAUGAUGAUGACUUUUACUCUGGUUCUGGUUCUGGUUCUGGUGAUGGCUUUGUGCUGCAAAAAAGCUAUUCCACGGCAGAGUAUACAAAAGCAUAUCACACAGUUCCUUCAACAGCUUCAAGCAGUCCACAUUAUUCAAGCCAAAUACCUGUAACUGAGAUCUCAAGUCAAGAUGUCACUAAAGAUUUGAGCACAGUGCUGGUGCAUCCUGAUUUGCUACUUUUUAACACCACUACUGUUGCAAUAGUGACCAGCCCUAUGUCUUCCUCUACCAUUUCAAAAGACUUUGAUGAGCUUGUUCCUGAAUUCAGAAAAAAUAAUUUCAUGCCACGUGGUGCUAACAACAAUUAUGACACUACUGUUCCUGCUACUCAAAUGAGUAGUGCUAGUUCUAACAUUCCAACCACGAUAUCUGACCAUAGAGCUGCCAUCAUCAAUGAAGAAUCCUUCACUGUGUCAAGUGUAAUUGCAGAGAAAGAAAUAAUGACAACGGUAGUUACAGAAGCUAAUCAAACUCAAGAGGAUGUAGUGAUAACGGAUGUGGAUAUGGUAGAUAUGAAUAGCCCAAAUGCACUGGAUGACAUUUUCAUCAGUGAAGAUGUGGAAAGAGUAUUUGCUCAGACACAAAAUUCCAUUCAGGAUCACCAAAGUUCAGCCAAACCACCAAGUGGAAGCUACUCACGUGACUACAGUACAUCUGGGAGUUUUUUGGAAAGACGUGAAUUAUUGGCAGCUGCUGUUGCCGGAGGAUUUGUGGGACUCAUGAUUGCUGUUCUGCUGGUAGUAGUGUUGGUAUAUCGAAUGAAGAAAAAGGAUGAAGGAAGCUAUUCGUUGGAUGAAUCGAAGCAACCAAAUGGAGGCUACCAAAAGCCACAAAAGCAAGAGGAGUUCUAUGCCUAAACAAGUCUUAAAAGUUCUGCAUUAUUCUUUUAUGCCAAAAGAACAAGUUUUUUUUCCUUUUUUUGCCUGCAUUAGAAAGUGAAUCAGAAAAUUGCCAGUCUAAUCUCUAUCUCUAUGAUGAUUGUACUUUCUGACAGUUCUGAGACAGGCAGAGAUAAUGUAUUUGUUUAAUGGGAAAUAUUGCAAUUUGGCUUCAUAGGCGAGAAGACUUAGUUAAACUUUCACUUCAAUUUUUAUAUUCUAGUGGAUAACUGCCUUAUGAAACGUUGAGGUAAACAAAGUUAGGCUUUUAAAAACAAAAAAAAGUUGGGAAUCUACAAUAUUACAUUGUAAAGCUGCAAAAUGACUACACAUGUAAAUUUUUAUAAUGUAAAAAUAUUUACUAAAUGGGAGGGAUGGAAGGCGACAGAGAGAUACUUGUACUGAUGUGAUUUCAAAUUGUAUGAAAGCAUAAGAUGUGUAUCUAAUGAUAUAGGUAUAUAAUAUAGAGAAGACUGUGCUUGGCUACACAUUUGUUUAUAUUUUGUGUUGUACUAUGUGGUUAAUUGAGAAAAUGCAUUACCUUUUUAAAGAGCCGAUAUACUAAUUUUAAAAAUUGCUCCAGUUUUUAUGACAAUUGAAGGAUUAAUUGAAAAAUUACGUCCUUACCAAAUAGUUUAAUUAUUCAAAGUAGGAGAGCAGGAAUAGCUGAAUUUUUCUUGAGUUACAUAUAUUUUUGAUCCUGAUGCUUUUCAGCUUCAUUCCUGUCAUUACUAUGUUUUUUAUAAUAUAACCAGUCACUGAAGCAUCUGAUCUAUUUUAAAGAGCUGGGCUUCAGAGUUUGUAUAAGAUUAAUCUUGGGUGAUCCCUCCUAACUCCACCACCAUUUUGCACAGACAGGUGUUUAUUUCUUGAACUUCACUUAUCUUUGUGAUCUAACUUAACUAAAUAAAACUGAUACUUUUUUUCAGAUAUUCCUUUUGUCUGCUUACUAUAAUUUCUUAAUCUACCAACACAGCUAGUUUAUGCUGAAACUUUGAAAGUUCUUCAAAUUGUGUCAUUUACUGAAUGUGACAAGCAAAAAAGAAGUCAUGCACCUUUCUGUAUAGAUAGAUCUAUAAGAGCUGAACCUUGACAUAACCUAGCCUUUGUUGGAGAGGUUCCUUUUUCAACUGCUUCCACUGUUCCUAAAAAAUUUCAUAAGCAUGCUGCAUUCCUGAUUUGUUCUUUUCAACAUCUUGCAUUUUGAAACUGUUAUGAAAUUGUGAACAAGUGGUUUAUAAAGUAAACGGGGGUGUGUGCCUCAUGGUGUCUUCCAGUUAAUGCCACUUAAUUUAAAUUAGGCUAUGAAAUUGAGCCAUAUUCACAACUUGAUGCUUCAGCAGACUGAGAUCUGCAGAACAUUUCUAAGGUAACAAAGAUUAAAACAUAUAAUUAUUAUUGUACAAUAGAAAUAGUGGCCAAUUUGUGGAUUGAACAUUUGUAACUACCAAAAAGGCUAGUUAUCAAAAUAUUUGGUUAAACACAGGGUUUGUGACUUACUGAUUAGUUCCACAAAUGUUGAAGUAUGUCUUGAUGCUUUCUAUUUAUUAUCUGUGCUAUUUCUAUUUGUAUCAAGCAAUAAAAGCACUCUGCCACACUAA